GCCAACGAAGGGCAUUGCAAAGCCGAGAUCACCCUAACUGCAUGAACCUUGCCAGCAUACUCUUCGACCAUCACCAAAGAAACUACCUCGGGCACAAGAGGAAAUCUGUAAAAUAAUGGAGAGCAUGCUAAAACUAUUUAGUGAAUGGGAGAUUCAGCUGCUUGUGCUUUCCAGCUUCAUGCUACAAACAUUCCUCUUCUUUACUGGGAGCCUUCGGCUACGUGGCACCAACGGUUUUCUUAGAGGCGCCAUUUGGGUAGCUUAUUUAGCGGCAGACUUGGUGGCAGUUUUUGCCCUUGGCUUUAUGUCACGACAAAGGGAAUCCACCACGGAAAGGGGCACAAUAAGGGAAACCCACCCGCUGUCCUUCUUGUGGGCGCCUUUUCUCCUCAUUCAUCUCGGCGGACAAGACACCAUCACUACAUUCGCCAUAGAGGACAACAGUUUGUGGCUAAGGCAGAUGUAUAAUUUGACAGCCCAAGUGGUCCUGGCCUUGUAUGUUUUCUGGAAGUCGACUGGUUUGCGCAACAUGCAACUUCUUCUCCCAGGCAUCUUUAUAUUUGUUGCUGGAGUCAUCAAGUAUGUGGAGAGGACACUGGCUCUCAUGUACGGGGAUAACAAGGAUUCCGAUAGGAAAGAAAACAAGUAUACAGACACGGCACUAGAUCAUGAGGAUGCUAUCUACCCUAGGAUUGUUUGUUACGCUUUGGAUUGUGCGCCCGUCAUCCGACAUCUAUUCGCUGGGCGCACACUAUACCAGAUAGAAAAAGACAUUGCUCGAGAAGACAAAUUUGAUGAAGGCCAGGUUGUCAAGUUGAUCAAUGUUGAACUUGGAAUCAUGUAUUAUGAUCUAUACACUAAGGCUGCAGUGCUUCGGACAAGAAGUGGCAUUAUACUCCGAUGCAUAUCCCAAGUAUCGGCCACGGUUGCCAUGGUGCUCUUCGCAAUUAGCAACAAGCGACAAUAUAACAUAGCCGACGUUGUAAUCACAUACGCAUUGUUUAUCGGAGGUUUUUCCCUGGAAGUUUUUGCAAUGUUUAUGAUGGUCAUGGUGUCACCUUGGACAUGGGCAUGGUUGAAGGCCAACAAGUGUCGUUGGCUCGCCCGCAUGUCUUGGAUUCUUCUCUCCAGCAAUAUCAUCGGGUGGCCGGAGGAGAAGACACUGUGGUCCAACAGCAUGGGGCAGUACAGUUUUCUGAGCUACAUUGGCUGUGAAACACCAAGUAGCAUGUCGGGACAGGCGAUGUGCAUGAUCAGGAAGAUAGCGAAGGCAGUUGGCGCUGGAGGGGCCGGAAAGUUGUUUUGGCUGAGCAAGCUGCUAGACACCAAGUCCGAGGUGGUGGACAAGCAGAUCACAGAGAGUUUCAUAAAGGUGAUUGACUCGUAUGCCUUCUCUUUCCCCCAGCCACAGUGGCGACACCUCGGUCCGUUCCUGAAGCGGCAACUAUCAGGCGACGCCGCGGAUUUCAACGAUCUGGUGCUCCAGUUGCACUUGCUGACGGAGGUGCAGCUCAGCAUUGUUUCAGUGUCUACGAGAAUCAACAUGGAUGAUGCCGAAACAGGCGUUUUGGUCCGCCACUGCCGGAAACUAUCCAACUACAUGAUGUACAUUGUUGCAAUACAUGCAACUUCCAUGUUGCAGGUCAUUGGUUCUAGUCCCGGGGAGCUGCUCGAAAGCGCACAUAAGCGUGUGAGACCCAUAGGCGGCGACAAGACGGCCAUCCUGCGGGAGCUGAGAGAUGCUCGUGUGGGUGAGAACAUGCAGCCUAAUUUGUUUAAAGAAACACUAGAGGAAAUCAGGGACAUGUGGGCGAGGAUCAUCAUGUACGCCGCCGGCAAGUCCCGACCGGAGAAGCACGCGGCGCAGCUCGCCAGGGGAGGGGAGCUGCUCACCUUCGUCUGGCUGCUCAUGAUCCACAAGGGGGUUGGGGAUACCGCGCUAAACAGGGUCGAGCUUACCAGCAAUCCUACUGCUUUCGAUCUUGAGGUGUUAUACGCCUUGGAUUUUCACCAAGAUAGAUCAGCGUCAGCGUCAUCAUCAGCUGGUGACGCCUCUCCCUCGGCGUCCUCCACCUCCACCCCACCGCCAUCCUCUUCUCCGCCCAACACCAACAACGUGGCCUCGCCGCCGACCUCUACUUCUCCCCCUAAACCCCAGGGUGAGGGAGCAUAAUGGAGCAACAAGAAUGGUAGAUAAGAAAACCAAUGUGUGUGCCCUGCUGUCUGCUAUCAUAGAUAAGAAAAACCAGUGUGUUCCUUUCAUCGAUUUUUCUUUUUUGAAACGGAGGCAAAAUUCGUUUCACCAAUUUGGUGUGGCUUUUAUUUGACUGCAGCUUUCCUUGAUGUAUUUGAUGCACCUUUUUUUACUAGACUCCCAGAGAGACACCUUGCACUUUUGAUCAGGUAUACAGUCCACAAAUUCAGUGUGUAUGUUUAGCGUGACAGAUUUUUCUCUGUAGUGUGGUGUAACGGAAUGAUGUCCAGAAAUUC